UCUGGUUUGUCGACUUAUUUCAAAGGGUUCGCCGAAGGGUGGCAGCACAAUAACGACGGAGGGGUGGAGGCUCGCGAAUCAACGCCGAGGGUCGCUGCUACGUGAUUUGCGGGAGAUGGCCGGACUGGUAUACCGCGAGAGCAGCCAGACACUCGGCAGUGUAGCAGUGAGGCCGUGACGGUGCGCGUCGUGGUCGGCGAAAUCAACGGACAAGUGAGCUUUGCGAGUUUACAGUGUAGAUAACGCAUAGCGGAAUAAAGACGAUAAAAAUGGCGUAGUCGUCUCGCUGACUGGCGCAAUGUUGCGAUCGUCGUUAAUUCGCCUCAGUUCGAAUAGUACCGAUGAUAAUAUCGAUAACAAUUGCGACCGCGAAAGAGCGCUAAAAAAAGUGGCUGUUGAUAAACGGUACAUUCUCCAAAGUGAAGUAAACGACGAAUAUUUGGCGCAUUAAAACGUGUGUUUGAAAGAGAGCUAAGGAGGAACGAUUCCUGGUCAAUAAUCAGACACCGUAGAAUACAGUGGAUACCUUGUGAAUUAUCAUAUUGUUGAGGUGUGUCGGUGAUAUUAUGUCUGCGCGGUGGUUGCGAGUAGUUAGUUUAAAUCGGAAUGGCUGUAAUUGUUUAUCAGAAUCGAUUGAGCCGAAGUAUCGUCAAAGUUUUAAGCAGGGAAUCGAAACCCUUGGAUGUUACACGAAGAUCGUCGUGAAAAAGAAGUGACAGAAUUAUGAAAUUGUGAUUAUUCAUCAAGCUCCGUUUGAUUGAAAAAUAUAUUAUUCUACAUACCUAGUUUUUAUACUUUUCACCACUGACAGAUAGACGACCUUGCAACAGGCAUAAGAUGGCGCUAGUUGUGUUUUGACAUACCAUCACGUUUCGUCAGCUGGAUUUUACAUACGUUUGUUGGGUUUAUUUAUUAUGAACAGAGAAUUCUACGUCCCUUGUGCACCGUACGCAUAUCCGCAAUGUAGCAGUGGAUCGACGGAGGGUGGUGUUAUAAGCGGAGGCGGUGGUAUGGACUGUCUGCCUCUUCGACCUGGACCAUUCCAUUACCUGAUAAGUGAACAGGCAAAGUCUUUGGUGGCCCUACAGGAGCUACAGAAUGAAGUCGGCGCCCUUCUCGAGUUCCGGGACCUCGUCAUCGAGACGUUCCCAAACCUCAGGCACAAGAUGGCCGCCUCGGCGUCCGCGUCUUCGGCGUCCGUGAUGUCCUCGACAACCAACAUUCCGCUACCCCUUACUAGCCCAUCGUCCCGACGUAUCGCCGAAUGGGAACCGGGCAGAGUCAGACGACGAAUACCCGCUAGGGAAGGAGAACCGUCAUCGUCGCUACCGAGAAGUCGGAGCAAUUCACAUAGCGGCGGCAAUAAACACAGUGCUACGGUACAGGACUCCGGUUUCAGUACGGAAACUUCUUCUAAGGAUAGCGCUUCAACGGCCAUACCGAGGCCAGCUAGUCCGCGCCCAAUCCUGGACGAAGCGGAGGAUGAACUUUGGAAUCUUCUUGACGUUAUCCACCGGCGAGGGACCCGGCUCAGGGAGGAAGUUGAGUGUCUUCAAGGUAGAUUGGAAAGCGCCGCACCGGAGGAACUUGGCUUAUCGACUGAUGUUCUUGAGGCUGUGAAAAAGGUCGCUAGACCAGAAGAAGCUAGGGCUGAAGAAGAGGAAAAAGUUCAGAUCUUAGAACUGAGAAGGGAGAGGGAACAUUUACUCGAUAAAGUCACCGAACUUGAAGCAGAGACUAUAUCGAGCCGCGUACGUGCUCAGGAAUUGCAAUCUGAGUUGGAGGCGUUAUCGGUAUUGAGAAAUGGUCUGGAAGAUCGACUCAGAGCUGAGAUAGACUCUAAAACGGAAAUAUACGCUCCCGGCGCUCAGAGAAUAGUUCCGCUUAGUCCACCGCCGAUAUCUUCGCCAAAGUCUCCCGGCAAUAUCAGAAGCAAUGUAUCGGCUUUUGCUUCCGUCGUUUCGAACAAAUCUCAUAAAAAUCGAUUCAGAACUAGAACUAUCGAGAAAAAUGUUCUCGCUAAUAUUGCCCAGCCAAUUAUCGGCAGUAAAGAGGGAAAAACCGAUAGUGAAAAUUACUCCGAAGCGGCAAGAGCCAGACUGGGGCAUUUAGAUUCUGUACUUAUUUCCCCAAAGGAUGUACGCAACGUGAAGAAUGUCGACUCGAAAAAAAUUGAGGCGAUAUUAAACGAAAAUUCAACACUGGAAUUACAGCGGCAUCUCAUCACCACUACCGUCCAUAAUCAGGUGUUGCAGGAGCGACUGAAUGAGGCUGACAAGACUUCGGGAUUGCUAACGGAACGUUUGGACAAAUCGCGAGAGGAAAACGACGACCUCCGAUUUCAGUUGGAGGAAAGAAAUAUUGAGUUGGAAGGCACGCGAGCUCGAGUGCGAGUUUUGGAGCGCCUCCAGCAUCGGCCACCGACAGAAAUGGAUCCGGGCGAAGGUGACAUUGAGUUGCCCCGAGGAAGCGAUCAGGGGUGCUUGGAGCCCGGUAGUAGCACUGAAUCCGCACGGGAUCACCACCAAGAAAUAAUACCUUCUCCUCGUCGCAGACCAAGUCGAAUCCCACUCCCCGGUUCGAAGCAAGCAGCUCCAAAACCACCCACCCACGGUCGUAACAACAGCAGAGAAUCGUUAAAAUCUCUGACGACGAGACAGCCACGUGAUUCUAGCCGGGAUAGUCUGGGCGGAAAGUCGUUUUCGAAAACAAGGGACUCGAGUCGCGAAUCGCUGAAUAAAAGUCUACCAAGAAAUUCGUCAACGCCUAUCGGAAAUGGAACUCUGAGUAAUAAUAAUAAAGAAGCUGGUAGCAAAGAUUCACUCAAUAAAUCGUUGCCCAGACAUAAUAAUAACUCGGGAAGAGAUUCUUUGAACAAAUCAUCGUCCCUUUCACGUGCCAGAGAACCAAGAGACUCUUUGGAGUCAAGUGGGAUUGGAGGGUCGCCGGGAACUCCUCCACGACGUCCUCCUGCACCUGCACGUCGUGCCCACAGUCUAGCUCGACCCUCCGUCGUUGAAUCUGACACAGGAAAGGGGUUCACUGAUCCUCCGAGUUCUUGGUGUUCAACAAGUGGCAGCUUUAGACAUAGCGAGUCAUCGAUGUAUCCAGAUUCCUUAAACCAAGAAACAUCAUCGGUAACUGGAUCUACUCGUAUUGAAUUCAUUUUGGGAUCACCAACAAGACGUUUUCAAACAAAUUCUGCGUGGCCACCGAGAUAUUUUGAUAGCAUUGACUCAGCUGCCCUGGUUGCUGAAAGUUUCUCAACAGAUGAGUUUCCUCUGCGACGCGGUGAAGCUCUGGCCGAAUGCGACUCUCUCGAGAGUCAUCCAAUUUCCAGCGACGCUUGAACGUUUAUUAACGUCAAAAGUCGCAUCACAGCAUUUAUAUUUAAAAAAAAAAAUUCGAUGACUUUUCACUGAUCUUAUGCUGGCGUAUUGAAGAACUUCGUUGUCAAUGAAUUAUCAUUAGAAUAAUUAAUCAUGGAAUCAUGUAAAAAACAUGCAAAUAAUUUUUAAUUCACCAGUAACCGUCCAAACAUUACGACUGCCGAAAUUCAAGGCAGUUAGUCUUACGUUAUAUCUGCAAUGAAAAUAGUUGAAAUCAAUUUAAUUAAAUCCCCACAAUGUCAAGAAUGGGUUUGCGACGCAAACCUCUUAUUACUUGCACUACUUUUGGUAGCUAAGAGAUUUCAAAACUGAACAUUGAGAGGAAAUAUUGUAUGCGAAAAAUUUUUGAAUCAAAAAAUGUUUUGAGAAUUAUUUAAUAGUAGUUUUUUCAAUUACUUUUCUUGGGUAUUGACAGUUCGUAGCAAAACAAAUAGCAGAUACUCUUUUUUUGCUAUUUUCGAUUACUUUUCAAUUCAAAACUCUCGAAAUAUUUUUUUCUAUCUAUGUAGUAUAUUAUCAUGAAAACCGAUCAUUCUGUCAGGCUGCCUGAUUCAUCUAUUCGUACAAUACUUAAAGAAAUAGGUGUUUUAAGUAUCUAUUGCUUAAGUUUUAUUUUAUGAUCCAGUCAGGUCUGAUUAUGAUCAUGGAAAUGAAUUUGUAGCUGCGGAGGUGAUUCAUUCCAUGUAGCAUAUUCAUGUUCAAUCAGAGGGACUACAAUGCUCUAUUCCAAGAUGCAUUUGAAUUUACUUCUUUUCAGUUCUAAUAAUCACUUGAUUUUUAUUUAUUAGGAUUUUUAAUUUAUUGCUGUAUUACUCACGGCUGAAAAAAAAACAUGAACUAUGUAUUGAGUGAUGUGAAAAUUUUCAGAUUUUGAAUCUUUUAUACUCGUUAUUCGACUUAUUUAAUAUGGGAGCGUUGGAGUGAUAUUUAUAAUCAACUUACAUAAUUCUAUACCAUAACGAUUUAAAUUACUAUACAUAUACUACACAGUUCCUUGCUUCAACCAAUUUUUUCAUAAUAAUGAUAACGAUAAUGAUAAUAAUAUUAAUAUUAAUAAUAACAAAAAUAAUAAUAUUAUUAAUAACAAUAAAAUUAUUAUCAAUAAAUAAUAUCCGAUAAACUUUAUGUUAUAGUCACAGAGUGAACCGUGAUCUAUUUAUAAAUAUGUAACAAACGUAGUUGUAAGCAAAAAAGUAAAGAGAAAAACCAACUAGGACUGAAUGACAUCACAUAUUAUAAUUGUAGUGCCUAAAAAAAAAAAUUUGCACGUUGUGGCAAACUAAAAUUGAACGAAUUAUAAUGAUAUAGUCUGCAUGUUUGCCCGUGCGUUUUUGUUUUACUGAAAAGAAGGCUGCAUUAUUGUAUGCAGGAAAAAUGCUCAUAAACCUGAAAUUGUGCAGCCAGUAAAACUCUGGUGCCCCUCCAAAGCUUCGGAGCUGCCCAAUGGAGGCUAUUAUUUUUAUAUUAUAAUUAUCAUUACUAGCACCAUAGUUGAAAAGAAAUGUCUUAGAUCUCUGCCUUGGCUAACAAUGAACGCAGGAUUCUUAUCGACGAUUAUGCUACUAUUGUUUGUAUUAUACUCUAUUUGAUUAAGAGAAACAACGUAUUAUUGUCGUAUUAUGAUUUAUGAUGACUAAUCAUGAUAUGUAUAUCAUUGUAUAUCGAUACACACCAUGUAAAUAGUUGAUAUAUCGUAAAAUAUUUAAAUGAUUCUUAAUGUAAAUGAAGUAAUAUGUAAUUAUAAAUUACGAGUACGUGACAAAGUUAAUAAAAUGAAAUUACGUAAAGUGAA